AUGCUCAAACCAGACUUCGAGAGGGUGCUGUUACCAGCCGUGCCACGACAGCUCAAGUCGCUGAGUGUGCGCUCCGACCACUUUCUCUGCCCGGUGACGUGCGUAAACCCGCUCGCGCUCGCUGAAGGCGAUUCGGAAGCGUUCAAAGAGGAGGAGAUAGAUGGGAGGACUCAAUCUUGGAGAUCCGAUCUGGUGUGGGGUCAUGGGGACGCCACUCAAUUCGCCGAGCCGGGCUCGUCCACCCCCACUCCGCAAACCCCUCCGCCUACGUGUUUUCCUGCGCCUCCCCCUCCUCCUCCGCCACCCCCUCCCCCUCCGCGUGUUCCUGCCCCCCCUCCGCCACCCUCUCCCCCUCCGCGUUUUCCUGCGCCUCCUCCUCCCCGCUCUCCCCCUCCGCGUGUUCCUGCGGCCCCUCCUCCGCCACCCCCUCCCCCGCCACGUGUUCAUGCGCCCCCUCCGCCCCCCCCUCCCCCUCCGCGUGUUCCUGCGCCCCCUCCUCCGCCACCCCCUCCCCCUCCGCGUGUUCCUCCGCCCCCUCCGCCCCUCCCAUCCCCUCCGCGUUGUCCUGCACCUCCCCUGCCGCCUCCUAAUUGGAUCCCCCCCCCCCCGCGGCCUCCCCCGUUGUGCGCGCCCCAUCGGCAGCCCGUCUUCCUCUCCGCCCGCCACCUGCUUUCAAUCGCCGCCGCGCUCCCUAAUCUCCGCGCCUUAAACCUCGACGCGCCGGGGAAUUACACCGCUCAGUCCAUAGAGCACAUGGCCAGCAAGCUUCCGCGCCUGAGAGCCUUCUCGCUCUGUUCGGAUUCUAUCACCUGGGAGACGCUCUCUCGCCUCCUCGCGCUCCUCCCGUCGCUGCAGCGCCUCUCUCUCGUCUCCUACCGCCUCGCGCCCCUUCCGCAGUACAAGCAGUGCGAGGCGGCACACGCAGCGGCAGAGCGCCGCGGAGUACGGGCGAGGAGGUCAGCCGAUGCAGCUGAUAAUGCUGCGGCGGCUGUAGAGACAUCUCAAAAGUCACCCGAUGCAGCUGAUGAUGCGGCGGCUGCUCUUCUGACUCACCUCGCCUCGCUCGCCGAGGCACCUCUGAAUGCCGACAACCCUUUCUCAUGCGCAUCCCAACUGCGGCUGGCGAGGCAGCUCUCCGUCCGCUGCCUGCCUCUCCUGCAGCGCCUCGCCCUCCCCUGGGCCACAGACGCCCUUCUGCUGCAAAUCUCCCACUCCUGCCCGAACCUCACCGCCUUGCACGCCCAGCUGCUAGCUCGCUUCGUCGCGGUCGGCCCGGCUGCUGCCAGGAAUCCUGAAUGUUACGUUCUCCACUGGCCCUCCUCCUAUGCCAGGACGUUUCUCCAUGUUGCCCCCCCUCCCCUCCAACCGCUGGUCACCGAUGCUGGUGUGGUGGCCCUCGCGAACGGAUGCACGCGAUUGGUGCAGCUGAGUCUGGGCGGCUGUGAGAACGUGGGGCCAGUGGGGCUGCGCCAGCUGGCGAGGCGAUGCGGGCGGCUGGAGGUGCUGCGGCUGGCGCGGACGGCGGUGGACGAUGCUGCUGUCGUGGCGGCCCUGUUCGGCGACAGCUGGCGCGGCGGCGGCGUGGGUGGGGCAGUGAAUGCUGCUGUUGGCAGUGCUGUCGUUGAAAUUUCACCUGAGCGUACCCCUGAAAUUUCACCUGGACCCGAUGACGCUGCUACUGGUGCAGCAGGCAGUGCUCCUGUGCCUCCUCCUGAAAUUUCAUCUUCUCCCGACGCCGCUGCUGGUGUAGGCAGUGCUUUCAGUGCCCCACUGCAUCUGCAGCUGCCGCGGCUGGUUCUGCUGGACCUGUAUGGAUGCCCGGGGGUGUCGUCCACCCUCCUGCUCGCUCUCUUAGCAGCAGCCAGGGAGCUUGCUGGCAACACUGAGAAGAGCAGGGACGAAGGGGUAACUGAAGUGGCGGUGGUGGAUGGGGGUUGUGAAGAGCAGGAGGAAAAUGCGGGUAAGGGUACGGGUAAGGGUGUGGGUAAGGGUGCGGGGCAUGAGGAGGAAAGGAUGAGGUGGAGUGGGUGCUUUGGGCUGCAGGAUUUCAGGCUGCGGCGGCUGGUGGUUUCUCCUGGAGUGAUUGCUGGGGAUCGGCGCAGUGGAAGCAAGGAAGGUGGAAGCAGGGAAGGUGGAAGCGAGGGUGACAUGGGAAGGGGUGAAGGGAGUGGAGAAGCUUGUUUCGAUAACGGUAGUGUGGAGUUGAGGAAGUGGAGGGAGUUGAGGCGUGCUGGCAGGGAGGUUGGGAUGCUGCUGCCACAGCUGGUGGUGACUGGUCGAAGGACCGCGGAGCAUGUUUUGCCGUGGGAUGGCUUCUUUGGAGAGCGGCAACUCGCAGUGGUUGGUGGCGAGGAGGUCGAGAGUGUUAUUAGUGUUGGUGAUGAUACAUGUGAUGAUGCAUGUGAUGAUACAUGUGAUGAUGAUGGAGAAUGCGACGAUGAUGCAGAGAGUGAUGGUGCAGAAUGGGAUGAUGCAGAAUGGGGUUAUGGAUGA